AUUCUUAUAAAAAAAAAUUUACAAAGAAAUGUGAAAAGAAUAAUUGUCACCAUAAAAAUUAAUCUUAUGUUUCCUGAAACGUAAUGGACAAAACCCGCAAAGUGGUGACGUAAAUGAAUGAAAAAAUGUGAUUUUCUCGAGUCUAUAUCGUAAACCAAAGUAACCAACAACAUGACGAAGAGAAGAAGGGACGUGCAAAAGUGAUAGUGUCAAUAAAAGUGACCGGCGCUUUGGCUGAUGCUACAGUUUCUCAUCGAGUUUGACGCAAGUCACGUUAAACAUUAGAACGAGAUCGGACUUUUAUUUUCUAUAAAUUCUUCGCUAAAAAAUAAAUUGGCUUAUCAUGAACAUCGACGAGUUUCAAGUACGUGGAAAGGAGAUGGUCGAGUAUAUAUCCGAGUAUUUUCGUACUUUGGAAGGUAGAAGAGUCACUGCAAAUGUUGAUCCAGGAUAUUUGCGACCCCUUUUGCCAAACGAGGCACCAGCUAAACCCGAAUCAUGGGAUGCCAUUAUGAAAGACGUCGAAGGGAAAAUAAUGCCCGGUAUUACGCAUUGGCAACAUCCAAGAUUUCACGCAUAUUUUCCAUCAGGCAAUUCCUUCCCAUCUAUCUUAGCUGACAUGUUAUCAGAUGGAAUAGGUUGCAUCGGUUUUUCUUGGGCAUCCAGUCCCGCUUGUACAGAAUUGGAGACUAUUGUUCUCGAUUGGUACGCUAAAGCUAUUGAUCUACCACGAGAAUUCUUAUCAGAAGAGAAGACAUCUAAAGGUGGCGGAGUUAUUCAAGGUUCAGCAUCCGAGUGCAUUUUAGUGACAAUGCUAGCUGCUCGAACUCAUGCUAUAAGAUUACUGAAAGAACAAGAACCAGACCUGGAAGACUCAGCUUUCUUACCAAGAUUGGUUGCUUAUUGCUCGACUGAAGCUCAUUCUUGUGUGGAGAAAGCAGCAAUGAUAAGUUUAGUCAAAUUAAGAGUUCUUCAGCCAGAUGACAAAGCUUCUCUUCGUGGUAAAAGACUGGAAACAGCGAUUAAAGAAGACGUGGCUAAUGGUUUGGUACCAUUCUUUGUAUCCACUACGUUGGGUACAACUGGAUCGUGUUCUUUCGAUAAUCUCGUUGAAAUUGGACCAGUUUGUAAGCUUUAUUCUAGUAUUUGGUUACACGUGGAUGGUGCUUACGCUGGUAACUCAUUUAUUUGUCCAGAGAUGAGACCUUUCAUGGCUGGAAUCGAACAUGCUGAUUCCUUUAAUACGAAUCCUAAUAAAUGGUUAUUAGUUAAUUUUGAUUGUUCGUGUUUAUGGGUUAAAAAUAGAGUAAAAUUGACAUCCGCUUUGGUUGUGGAUCCUCUUUACCUUCAACACGCUAGAUCAGGUGAAUCUAUUGAUUAUCGUCAUUGGGGUAUACCACUGAGCAGAAGAUUCAGAGCUUUGAAACUUUGGUUUGUCAUGAGAACUUAUGGUAUAACUGGGCUGCAAAAAUAUAUAAGGAAUCAUAUUAGAUUAGCAAGAAGAUUCGAAGCUCUUAUGAAAAAAGAUAGAAGAUUUGAAAUAAUGAACGAUGUACGCGUCGGUCUGGUAUGUUUUCGAUUGAAAGAAUCAGAUGAGAUCAAUCAAGAACUCUUAGCGAAUAUCAAUGCAUCUGGAAGAUUACAUAUGAUUCCUGCUAGGGUAAUGGGUAAGUAUAUAUUGAGAUUUUGUGUUGUCAAAGAGAAUGCAACGGAAGAAGAUAUUGACUAUGCCAUUGAAGUUAUCGAAGAGCAUGCAACAGAAGUCUUAUUGGCACACUAUCAAGGUACCGAAGAUGAAUUCAGGGCUAAAGGUCCUAAGAGUCCUGCUGCAUUAGAUAAGAAACUUGUAAGAAAGUUUAGCUUCACCAGAAGUGUUACCAGAGAUGUCUACAAAAGAUCAAAAUCAAAGUCGAGUCUUCACGAUGGUGCAACACCCAUUAUGGUUGUAGAUGAUCAAGCGCAAGAAGUUGAUAGCAUUGAAGAAAAUGUCUUCUGCAACAGUAGGUAGACCGCAACUGAGCUCACGGUACCUAAGAAAAGAAAUCAACUGUUAUCCUUACCGUGAGCUUCUAAUCAUUUUCUAAAGUAAGGUACAUUGGAAAUAUAGAAUUUAUAAAGUGUGUCCUAGAAUUUCAACGAUUAAGAUUAAGAUUAAGAUUAGACUGAUACGUUUUUGAUCAAAAUCUAAUAGAGCAUUGAAAAAUGUAAGCAUAUAAGUGUUCGAAUAUCAUCAACCUUGUUACAUAAGAAAUUAUUCAAACUUAAGCGGAAAGGUAGAAAAUAUUCUAACAUUUAUAACUAUAUAAAAUAUGCAUACACUGAUAAUAUCGAAUUGACAUAAUCGAUCUGCUUGUAUUAUUAUGUAAUGUAUGUACAUUAUCGUAGUUUGUAUGUACGAACAAAACUUGGUUUUAAUUUACUUACAUAAAACAAGUAGAAUCUAUAUUUGAGGAUAAUGGUGCCUAAAAAAUAAAGUUACGAAUUUAUUUCUUGUUUUAGUACUUGGAACUUUUCAAAUGCACCGUAUAUAUAUAUAUAUUUAAAACUGUAAAACUUUUAUGUAAUAGUUAAGAAUCAUAUCAAUUUAUCCAAGUUAGAUACUAUGUAAUUAUGCAUACGCGUAAAGAUCGAAUAAUGAUGUGUAUAAACAGGCAACUAACGACUGCCAUUGUAUGCAAGGAUCGUAAUAAUUUUCUAUAUGCAAAAUUAACUUUAAUUAACAAAUUUUAUAUAAAUGGUAAAAAAUAUAUGUACAAGGUUUUCUGUAACUGAUGGUACAAAUAAGCAAGGGGUAA